AGAGGGAACGGCAGAGUCGAAUGCUGCCACUGUGCAGUCUGGCGUGCACUGGAGUCCUCCAGCAAUGGGAACAUGUGCUGUGAGAAAGGACCCGGGGAUAUGUGUUAAUAUGAGCAGGAGCACUUCACUGCAGAAGGUUCUAGGCCUGGUUCUGCUUCAGCAGAUGCUGUGCAGCAGUGUAGAGAUCCACCUAUCUGUCCAGGAGGAGCAGCCGGAGGGCAUCAAAAUUGGAAGAAUUGCCCAAGACUUUCCUCCACCAUAUAAUUUCCUGACUUCCAAUAAGUACAUGAAGCUGGACACAAAAACAGGGGACCUGUACACUACUAUGCACACCAUUGACCGGGAGAUGUGCCCACAACUGCCAACCACAACAGGGGCGUGUCUGAUCCAGCACCUUGCAGUGGCCGGCCCAGAUGAGGAGGUCAUCAAGGUCACCGUGGAGGUAGAGGACAUCAACGAUAACUCGCCUCACUUUCCGGAGGAAGAGGUUCGCCUCAGCAUGCCAGAGGAUGUUGCUGUGGGGACCAGUUUCCUUCUGGAUGACCAGGCUCAGGAUGAUGACGCAGGCAGUAAUGGAGAGUUGUGGUACCGCUUGGACGACCCUGACGGGUUCUUCAGCGCAAAAGAGGCAGGCCCAUUGCUGGUGGUGGUGGUAAGACGGCCAUUGGACCGGGAGGCCCGGGACACCCAUCUCCUGACCGUGGUCGCGACUGAUCGCGGGGUCCCGUCGCGGAGCAGCACGGCCAUUUUGGUUGUGGAAGUGACUGACAUCAAUGAUAACUGUGCAGCAUUCCGCCCUGACAGCCCCAAGUCCGCCUUUGUCCGGAUGGAUGCGCCUAGGGGCACGGCAGUAACCCGUGUCAGGGCCGUGGACCCCGACCUCGGCCCCAACAGUGUGAUCAUAUACUCCUUCAGUCCCAAGACUUCUGACAAGUCCAGAGAGCUGUUUUCCCUGGACAGCCACAGUGGGCAGAUUACCCUGGCUGGCGCUAUUGAUAGCAAUGGCCCCGCUGAGUAUACGCUGCGAAUCCUGGCCACCGGCCAAUCCUGCCCCCCUGUUGUGACACAGGUAACAGUAUCCAUACUCCCGGCAGCCAGCCAGAGGCCGGUGAUGAAGAUCAGGUACAUAGCAGAGCAUCGAGAAGGGACUAUACUGAUAGAGGAGAACCAGCCCCCCACAGUCCUGGCCCUCCUGGAGCUGGAAGACGCGUCCCCUGUGAAAGGCGCCCCAUCCAUUGCGGGGGAGGUGCCUUUUUUUCUGAGACCACAAACUGGCAACUACCUCCUGCUAACAUCGAAGCCCCUAGACUUUGAACAGAUAUGCAAAUAUCAUGUUUCCAUUCGAGUUGAAGACAGCCGGCUCCCUGGGGGGCGUGAGGAGAUGGUGAUCACAGUCAUAGUGUUGGACGUCAAUGACAAUGCCCCGCAGUUCCAGCAGCCCCAUUAUCAGGUGGAAGUGGAGGAGAACAAUGCACCUGGGAUGACCCUAGUGCACAUCAGAGCUACCGAUCUGGACAGCUUGCUGAAUGGCAAAGUGACUUACAGACUAGGCCCUCAUACAGCAGCCAUGUUUAGCAUCGAGCCUGUUACUGGCCGUGUGUCAGUGGCAGUCACUCUGGACAGAGAGCAUCAGGAGUUUCACAAUUUCACUGUGCUGGCCAGGGACAAUGGCUCUCCUGCUCUGGAAUCUACCACCAGUGUGUCCGUUCGCGUGCUGGACCAGAAUGACAACGAGCCUGUCUUCGCCAACACAGACUUCAUCUUCUUCAUCCCAGAGAACUUCCCUCGCCUUGGCCAGGUUGGAGUGGUGGGUGUCAGGGACCCAGACGCUGGGGGCAACGGGAAAGUGGAGGUCCAGGUGCUGAAUGGCAGCAGCCCCUUCAUGAUGGACAAUGCCCGGGGGACCCUGCGCUGCGUGGCCGAGAUUGACCGUGAGAUGCAGGACCGCUAUGAGCUGUGGCUCCUGGCUCACGAUGGCGGUCACCCCUCGCUCUCCUCUACCGCCCGGGUCACCAUCUUUGUGGAGGACGUCAAUGACAACCGGCCUCAAGUGAUCCUCCCCUCCAGCAACCUGUCCUGCCUGACUGUGUCCCCCGCCACCCUCACUGGGGCCACUGUCACCAAGAUCUACGCCAUCGACGAAGACUCUGGGAUCAACGCUGACAUCAGCUACCGCAUGGUGGCCUCAGAGCCACACCGCAGCAGUCCGUUUCUGAUUGACGCACGCUCGGGGAACGUCACGCUUGCCCAGCAACUGCUGCUAAGCGACCACGGGUUGCACCACCUCUUCAUCGUGGUGAGUGACGGCGGAGAGCCCAUCCCCCUGCAGUCUUCUGUGUGGGUCAAUCUCCUGGUCAAUGAGACGCAGGAGCCCUGCACUCUGAGCACUGUGCCUAUGCCUGUGCCCUUCCAUUUCACACACCUACCCUCCCAAAAGACCAUCUGUGAGGGGGACCCAUCGGACGUUAAAUACGCCCAAAACAUCCUGUUAGUGGGCCUUGGCAUGUUGGUAUGUUCUGCCAUUAUGCUCCUGGGAACUGUUAUAUUGUUCAUAAAACAAAGAACACUACGGAAAAGCCACCAGAAGCAUGUUUCUAAAGGUUGUGAAAUCCCACUGAAACUGAAGGAGACCUACAGUACUGUCGAUUGGACAGAUGUACAGUGAGAUGGGCCUAAACCAAGAUCCAUAUUUUGUCAUUUUUAUACAGAAAUACAGACGUUUCUUUAUUUAUACUAUAUAUAUGUGGACA